GCAGAAUGUGGCAGAGCUGCAUUCCAUUUUAUAUAAGAAAAGGAAAUGAAAAAUAAUACUCACAAACAGUUGGAAAGCAGAGAAAUGUUUAUCUUCCUGGAGGUACAGUGUUUUCAUUUUCAUACGUAAGCAGAAAUCAGAAUUUUGAGGUUGAAGAAUGUUUGGUUGAUUGCCCGUAUGCUAAUGUAGACUAGUCAUGACUAGCCAUUCAAACACUAAAAUGAGUAAGGACAGAGACUCUGCUGUUGAACUGGAUGUUUUAAGCUUGAACAAGCCAAAUGAACCUUCUUCACCAGGACCAAGUCAUGUGUCUCUGGGGAAUCAGUCACCUGAACACAAGUUGGCUGACCGUGAGCAGUCGAUUGGUCUUCUUUGCGACUUCAGCAGAGAAUCCAUCCGUACAGAACUGAACGGUGUGGAGGCUGAAAUGAUGAACAGUACAUGAUGGGGUUCUAACCUGUUUUUCAUUGUCCAGCUUGAACAAGCCAAAUGAUACUGCUUCAUCAGGACCAAGUCAUGUGUCUCUGAGGAAACUGUUUAUGUUUUCCCCGUUAUCCUUUAAGGAGGAAACCCCUGAACACAAGUUGGUUGACCGUGAGCAGUCAAUUGGUCGUCUUCCCUACUUCAGCAGAGAAUCAAUUCGUACAGAACUGAAAAUUCAGCAGAAGCAAUCAAGGUCAAAUGUUCUAAAUGAGGAUCUGAUCGGGACAUGUCAGUAUAAGAGGAUGUUGAGGAACAGGUGCCAGUGUAUAUUUGAGGGGAAUGAAGAACACAGCGGCCCCUCUCUGCUUAACAAUAUCUAUACGGAGCUCUACAUCACUGAUAGUGGAAGCAGUGAGCACACCGGUGAACAUGAAAUCAGACAGAUCGAGACAGCAUAUAAACAUCCAGCCACAUGGGACACACCAAUCAAGGCUAAUGAUAUCUUUAACACUUCUCCCGGUUCUGCUAAACAAAUCCGAACUGUGCUAACCAAAGGAAUCGCUGGCAUUGGGAAAACAGUGUCUGUGCAAAAGUUCACACUGGACUGGGUUGAGGACAGAGCCAACCAGGACAUCCACAUGAUAUUUCCACUCCCUUUUCGAGAAAUGAAUGCAUUUAAAAAAAAGAAAAUUAGUCUGAUAAACAUUCUUGAGUGCUUCUUCAAUCUAAAAAUAGAUCCAGAGGUGUUACGCUCCGACAAAUACAAGGUAGUCUUCAUCUUUGAUGGACUUGAUGAAUGUCGGUUUCCUCUGGAUUUUCAAAACAGCAGGAGCUGCUCCAGUGUGACAGAAUCAGUUUCAGUCGGUGUCCUACUGACAAACCUCAUCUGCAAGAACUUGCUUCCUUCUGCUUUAGUCUGGAUAACCUCACGACCAGCUGCAGCAGGUCAAAUACCACCUGACUUCAUUGACCGUGUGACUGAGGUACAAGGUUUUAAUGACUCCCACAAGGAAGAAUACUUCAAGAAAAAAAUAAGAGAUCCAGACUUGUUCUCCACAAUAAUCUCACACUUGAAGUCUUCAAAGGUCCUUCACAUCAUGUGCCACAUCCCAGUGUUCUGUUGGAUAUCAGCUACAGUUCUCGAAAGAAUGUUUUUUGAUUUGGAAAGUGGUGAAAUUCCCAAGACCCUCACGCAAAUGUACACACACUUCCUGAUGUUCCAGAUCAAGCAAGGAAGUCACAAAUAUGAUGGGAAUUCUGAAGCCGGUUUAAAGUGGCAUAACCAGACCAUAUUGCUGCUUGGAAAGCUGGCAUUUCAACAGCUUGAAAAGGGUAAUUUAUUGUUUUAUGAAGACGAUUUGAGGGAAUGUGGCAUUGAACUUGACGUUGCAUCAGUGUAUUCAGGAGUUUGUACCCAAAUCUUCAGAGAAGAGGCAGGACUGCUACAGGAGAGGGUCUUUAGCUUUAUACAUGCAAGUAUACAGGAGUUUUUGGCUGCGUUGUAUGCAUUUCUUGCGUUUGUUAACCAUAAACGAAAUGUCCUCAGGCAGACGACAAAUGCUAAAAUCGUAAAUACUUUCAAAAAGACGUCAAUGCAUGAAUUUCUGAAGUGUGCGGUGGAUAAUGCUUUAGCAAGCGACAAUGGACAUUUGGACCUUUUCCUUCGCUUCUUGUUGGGAUUGUCCCUUGAGUCCAACCAGACACUCCUUCAGGGACUCCUGACUGAGGUGUGGAGUGAUACUGAAAGCAGCAUGAAAACAAUUCAAUACGUCAAGGAAAAAAUCAGAGACCACUCUUCAGCGGAGAAGGCAAUAAGUCUUUUCCAUUGCCUGAGUGAACUGAAAGAUGAUUCUCUGGUUGAGAGAGUGCAGGACUUCAUUAAUUCACAUGGUUUUACUUGUGGAAAGCUGUCUCCUUCACACUUUUCUGCUUUGGCUUACAUAUUGCUGACAUCUGCUGAAGAACUGGAUGUGUUUGACUUGUCAAAGUUAAUUCAUCCGAGCAUGACCUCAAAUGAGGGAUUGUUGAGAUUGCUGCCAGUCAUCAAAGCAUCCCGAUCAGUUAUUUUGAGGUGUUGUAAUGUGACAGAUAAAGGCUGCUCAGGCCUGUCCUCUGUACUAAGUUCAAAUGUCUCAUGUCUGAGAGAACUGGAUUUGACUUCCAAUAAUCUUCAGGAUUCUGGAAUAAAACAACUGGCUGCUGGAUUGGGGAAUCCUCAGUGUAAACUAGAGAUUCUGAGACUUUUCAAUUGCAGCAUCAGUGAAAAUGGCUGUGCUUCUUUGGCCUCGGCUUUGAGAUCAAACCCAGCUCACCUAAUUGAACUAGAUUUGACGCACAACAAGCCUCAUGAUACAGGCGUGAAAAUGCUUUCUGAUGUGCUAACAGAUACAAACUGUAAACUGAAAACACUAAGGUUGAUGGCCUGUGAACUUACCAGGAAAAGUUGUGCGGCACUGACCCAAGCGCUUCAGUCCACAUCUACAAGUCUGAAGCAUUUAGAUUUAAGUUUGAAUGACCUUCAGGAUUCAGGAGUGGAACUGCUUUGUGUUGGUCUUAAGAGUCCUUCCUGCAAGCUUGAGACAUUAAGUCUAUCAGACUGUAAAAUUACAGCCAAUGGAUGUUCUGCAUUGUCACCUGCUUUAAAGUCAAACCCAUCACACAUGAGAGAGUUGGACCUCAGCAUUAACAACCUCACAGACUCAGGAGUGAAGCAUCUGCUCCCUGUCUUUGAAGACCCACGUGUGCAUCUAGAGAGAUUAUGGCUGAAUAAUUGCAAUCUCACACAUGAAAGCUGUCGGAUGAUGGGUUAUGAAAACAAACCAGAACAUUCAGGUCUGAGAGAGCUGAAUCUCAGUGCAAAUACAAUACUAGACUCAGGUUUAAAGCAGCUUUCAGUGGCACUAUGUCAUCUUCUGUCAGGACUGAAGUCUCUGAGUGUAACAUACUGUGGGCUUACGGCAAAUGGGUGUGCUGUUCUGGCAUCAGCUCUCAGCUCUAACCAGUCACAGCUAAAAGCACUGGACCUCAGAGGAAAUAAUCUGACAGAUUCAGGAGUGAAGCCGCUCUCAAAUCUACUGAAGGAUCCACAAAGUAAAUUAGAAGAGUUUGAAUUUAUGGAUGGAAUAAUAUCGGAAGAUCAGGCACCUAUGGAUGACUCCCACAAUCAGGAUGCUCUACUUGAAAGUUCAACAAAAUCAAAAAAACCAAAAACAAAAGACACAUGCGUAUGCUUCUAAGAACAUAUGUGACUACAUUAUUAGCUCAUUGAGUGCCUUGAGUGAGUUGGAAAAGUUUGUGCCCAGCCAUGUUACUCCAAUUUAGUCAAGCAGACCUGAAAGAGAGCUAUAUAUUAGAUCACUGGUGUAAGUGUGACUUCAGAUCUCAGAGUUGUUCAUCAUCUUAAUUAUUCAAACCAACAAGAAAAGGACAUCAUGGAAACUACUGCUUGGAAAGUGGCCUGGAACAUCUGUAUGGAAUAUGCAGCAUGUGCGUGACAUGGAAUCAUGGGUACAGAAUGAAUCAUGCAUAGUUUCAUUCUUGAGCAGGAACAGUAUGUCAAAAAAUAUUUGUAACUGAGGUACAAGGGAAACUAUGAGGAAUGGCAGGUUUGUAAGUCAGCCCAGUCACAGGUGUUUGAAGAGGUGUUAUGUAAAUAUAGAUCCAAAUCUGCUGCAUUGUAAAAACUUUUCUUUAUUGCAUUACAUUUAUUGUAUACAGACAAAUUUAUAGUAGAUUUGAUUGAUAUUAUUACAGUUCCAACAUUUUGGUAUUGGCAGCUGCUAAAGAUGUUGAGUUGGCAAAAUGUGAAUAUUUACACAGUAUUUACUGUAAACUACUACCUCUUAUAAAAUCCUAAACAUCUGACUUUAUCAACUAUAUUUUCACUUAGAAACCAGCCACUACCGCCUAGCAAAAAUUCUAACCAAAGUUUCUAAUCCUUUGCCUUGAAAUGACUCGAAACACCUUAAUAACCAUAAAGUAAGGUCAACAUCUUUUCAAACUUUUAAAAUGUUGAGUUCAGCCACUUAUUAGUCAACAAAAGUAUUAUAAAACAUAUAAGACUUGACAAGGAUUUGUCAACUCAUCAUCAAAGUUUGUCUUCACAUACAUUCCUUUUGUAGUUUUAUGAAUAAUUGUGUAGACUGAAGCAUCUUCCGUUUUAAGUUUUUUCAAAAUAAUAAUAAAAUAAUUCACAACAAUGAUUUAAGUCUGUGUAAGAACAGUAGAGGGCAGUACAGGAUCUUAAUGAGGUUGACUGCAUGAAAUAAAGAUAUUCUAGUGGAAAUUUGAUCAUAAUUCCUGUGUCAGGCUACGUCAUACCUGAUUUUGUUUAUUUCACAUGUUGUCUGUUCUUUUUUUUUAACUAAUAUUGACAUUGUCUAGUGAUGAUGUAAAACUGUGAAUGAAGAAUGUAACUUACUACAAUCUUAAAAAUAAAGGUGCUUCACGAUGCCAUAGAAUAACUUUUUUUGUUUGUUUUGUUUUGUUUUUUGUUUAAAUAGUUCCAUAAAGAACCUUUAACAUCUGAAGAACCAUUCUGUUUCACAAAAGGUUCUUUGUGGCCAAAGACGGUUCUUCUAAUUUUUAAAAGGUAAGAAAGAGAUGGUUCUUUAAAGAACCUUUGACUGAAUGGCUCUUUGUGGAACCAAAAAUGGUUCUUCUAUAGCAUCGCUGUGAAGAACCUUUUAAAGCACCUUUAUUUUUAAGAGUGUAGACUCAAUACACAGAAAAAUGACACAGCAUCACCAAGUGUUUCAUUGAAAUGUUUAUUUAUAAAAUAAGAAAGGGGAAUCAUUUCAUUAAUAGUCACUUUAAUUAUUACAGCACAUCUUUCUUCAUAUAACGUGAAAAUUUGUUGUACUGAUAUUCAGAGUUCACCGAGUCUUUCUCUGGUUGGUCAUAACAAACCAUUCUCCACACAGUUUCUCAUAUGGAAACAAUUAUAAAAUUGGACUUUGGUCAAAAUUUGGGCCUUUUUGUUGUGGAUAU